CAAGUUGAGACAAAAGAACGUCUCCGUUGUGUAAAUAGCCCCCGACGUGUACUAUUCGCACGCGGCAGGCGCCGGCUGGUCAACGACGACGAUUUGGCCUUUCUGUGGCUGUUUUCUCGAUUCGUCAGUCCAUCUAGUUAAUAGAAAAUGUCAGACGACGAAGAAGCCCCUUAUACAAAGAAGACUAGAACCAUUCAUUAUGGUUCACUUGAGGAGCAAGAAAAGUCUAGGCAGCAGUCUGUGGCCGAAAAAGCAAGAGAAGAAAGUGAUGACGAUGAUGAUGAUUCAGAUAAUGACGGCCAGCCAAUGGAGACUGGAAACAUUCACACUCAUGAUGAGUAUUUUGAUCUUGAAGAGGAAAUGUCCAAAGACAAGCAGGCUCUUUUGGAAGAAUUUGAGAGGAGAAAAAAAGCGAGACAAAUCAAUGUUUCUACUGAUGAUGACGAAGUGAAGAAAAAUUUACGGCAGUUGGGGGAGCCUAUCUGUUUAUUUGGGGAAGGUCCUGCAGAACGACGGUCACGAUUAAAAGACUGGUUGUCAAGGCUUGGAGAAGAUGCUAUCAAGAAAAGGCAGGAGGAGGAGGAGGAAAGAAUCCAGCAAGAAAAAGAUCAAGAAUCUACAUGGUAUCACGAAGGUCCUGAAUCUCUGAAAGUUUCUAGGCUGUGGCUUGCACAAUAUUCGUUGGCUCGGGCUCGGGAGCGAUUGGAAGCAGCCCGAGAGGAGCUGAGGCUACCAGAGGCCACAAGAACUGCUCGCCGUCAGGAAGUUCACAAAAGACUUCAGGCUGUUUCUAUUUUUGCUUCUCAAAUUGGAGAUACUAGACCUAUUUCUUACUGUCAAUUCAGUCCGAAUUCACAAAUGCUUGCUACUGCAUCUUGGAGUGGAAUUUGCAAAGUAUGGUCUAUUCCAGAUUGCAAACAGAUACAUACUCUAAGAGGUCAUCAAUGUAACGUUGGUGCAGUUAUUUUUCAUCCAAAUGCUUCAACAGAUUCUCAAGCAGUUUGUACAUUAGCUUCCUGUGCAGCAGAUGGCUCUGUAAAGUUGUGGACUCUUGAGAGUGAGGAACCUUUAGCUGAUGUUGAGGGCCAUGCACCACAUAGAGUUUCUCGCAUUGGAUUUCACCCAUCAGGGCGCUUUUUAGGAACAUGUUGUUUUGACAACUCAUGGAGAUUGUGGGACUUGGAACAGUGCUCAGAAGUUUUACAUCAAGAGGGUCAUACCAAGCCUGUGUAUUGCAUCUCCUUUCAAAGAGAUGGAUCUGUUGCAGCAACUGGAGGCUUAGAUGCUUUUGCCAGAGUAUGGGACUUGCGCACAGGACGUUGCAUAAUGUUUAUGGAGGGGCAUCUAAAGUCCAUUCAUGGAAUUGACUUCUCCCCAAAUGGGUAUCAUAUUGCUACAGGAAGUGAGGACAACACAUGUAGAAUUUGGGAUCUCCGUAAACGCCAGUGUGUUUAUACUAUUCCGGCCCAUACUAAUCUUAUUUCAGAAGUCAAAUACCAGAGAGAGAGUGGAACAUUUUUACUGACUGCAUCUUAUGACAAUACUGCAAAGGUGUGGUCUAACAAGACAUUCCAGCCCAUCAAGACUCUCUCUGGUCAUGACGGUAAAGUCAUGUGUGCGGAUGUUUCCCCAGAUACCCAGUACAUCGCUACAAGCUCUUACGACAGGACCUUUAAAUUGUGGGCACCAGAAUGAAAUUUAAAUGAUGAACUUCAAAACAUGUACUUUGUCAAUUUAUUUAAAGAAUUAAAACUUGUCUGCAUUAAGACGCU